GAUUACUCCCUUUCGCUUUUUGCACCCCUUUGAAUGAUUACUUCUCCCACUCGACUCCCCGAAUUUCUCGUCGUUGGAAGGACAGGCGCGUUCAUGGACGGCCCCAUGGAGCCUCCUCUGCUACAUCGCUACCGUCGCGAUCGCCGCAAGCUCCUGGAGUUCCUGCUCUCUUCGGCCGGACUCGACUGCUCCUCCCUCUCGAGGGCCGAUUUCGACACGCUCAGCGCCGAUUACGUCAUUCGCCGUCUUCAAUCCGGUGGACCCGUUGAUGUUGCCGCAGCGACUGAGAAGUACUUCGAUGAAUCCACAUGUCCGAUCAUGAUUCACUCGCCAUCGAAGAAUUCUUAUUUUCUUGUCUCCGAUCCUGAAUUGGCUGGAUCUCCACCCCAGCGCAUGCCUCCUCAAGCUGAUGUGGCCCACAGCCCUGACCAUGCUUCAACGUCAUUGGGUAAAAUAGAUACUCCACUUGUCUGGGAUACAGAAGACCAUGUUCUCCAAUAUAAGGAGACACAUCUUACACCUAUGAAGCCUGUUGAUUCCGAAGUUCCUCCAUUGGGAUUGCCUGUCCUAAUUGCAGGACUGUCUGAUGAUGACUUGCAAGAAUCAGCCUAUGAAGUACUGCUUGCGUCUAUGGUUUUCUCUGGGAUUGAGCUACAUACGGCUUGUGAUAGAAAGAAGGAAAAGAAUUCCAAAUUUUUCUCAGGAAUAAAGGGCAAAAAGAAUAAGAUUCAUUUCCAGUCUCAGCCUCAUGAAAGACACUUUGAGCUAAUUGAUAUUAUACGCUCUCGGAUGCAGAUUUCAGAAGCUAAAGAUGCAUGCAUCAGAAAGAAGUUGAUAGAGUUGGCGGCAACUAAAACAUGCAGACAAAUUAAUAUUCCCCAAAUUUCCUUGGGCCUUUUAGGUGGGAUUCAUGAGUCUGAUUUUCUCAACGAGAAACACUAUUUUCAAUGGAGAAAGAGACAGGUGAAUCUUUUGGAAGAAUUUAUAAGUUCCUCUCCUAAUCACGGAACAAAUGAACAUCAUAUGGUUAGAAGCUCUCUUCUGAAGAUCAGAGAUCCAAAGGAGUGGGAUGUCAAAAUGUCUCCAAGUGAUCGCACUGAGGUUCUGUAUGCUAUUAGGCUGGUGGUUUUAGGGCUUUCAUCUCUGCCAGGAGAGGUUGGUCUUGAAACUGGAACUUCCGACUGGACAGUGGGCUAUCAACUGAACAUUCGAAUUUAUGAGAAACUACUUUUUGGCAUGUUCGAUAUUCUCGAUGAAAGCCAGCUCAUUGAGGAAGCUGAAGAAAUUCUAGAUUUAAUCAAGAUGACAUGGCCUACCUUAGGAAUCACUCAGAAAAUCCACGAUGCAAUGCAUGGGUGGGUCCUUUUUAGGCAGUUUGUGGGAACACAUGAGCCUUCGCUCUUAGAACAUUCCAUCCUCAAGUUGCAGAGAUUUGUUUCUGCUGAAGACCAUGAUAGGAAGAAAGAACAAUAUAUCGACAGACUUGAGUGUUCUCAGCGAUACAAUGGUGUCGAAACAAAGUUAAGUCUGGUUGAGUCCAUUCUUUGCUCAAUAAGCAUUUGGUGCGAUAGUCGCCUGCAGGACUAUCAUCUGCAUUUUAGUAAGGAACCUGAUAUCUUUGGAAGGGUGAUGAUGUUAGUGUCACUAACUGGAGUUCCUAUCAUCAAUGACUCCGAGGAAAUUAAGCUCCUGAAAUUAAAUGCUUCCGAUGGGAAUGUUAUCCUAAAAUUCAGCACUUAUGUGGAAAGGUCCAUUGAAGCUGCAUAUACUCGGGUAGCAAGUACAAUUAAUUUGGAAUCCAAACUGGCAAAAACACAUGGUCUGGCUCUACUAGCAAAUGAAUUAAAUUUGCUAGCCAAGAGAGAGUUUAGCAUUUUUUAUCCAGUGAUGCGUAAUUGGUAUCCGGAAGCUGGGGCAGUUUCAGCUACAAAGCUGAAAAAAUAUUAUGGAGAAAGACUGCAACCGUACCUUGCGGAGGUGUCAUAUCUAACUGAGGAUGUUAGAUCCGUACUUUCUGCUGCCAAUGCAUUGGAUUAUGAUCUUAGUGAGCUAUAUACAUCUAUUUGUGAGGAAAACAAGUUGAAUCAUCUAUCCAACCACACUCUGGAUAGAUAUCAGAUCGAAGAAGUUGCUGGGCCAGUUAUUCUCGAUUGGAUCAUUGCCCAGCAUUCUCGUAUAUUGCAAUGGACUGAGCGACAAUUAGAUCUUGAGAAGUGGGAGGCAUUAUCAUUCCAACAAAGGCAGGCACCAUCCGUAGUUGAAGUUUUCAGGAUAGUCGAAGAGACAGUUGAUCAGUUUUUUGGGUGGAAUCUCCCUAUGAACAUCACGCAUCUUCAAGCUCUACUUUCUGUGAUAUUUCACAGUUUGGAUACCUAUUUGUCGAAGGUAUCUAACGGUUUAGUCGAGAAGAAGGAUCUAUUACCCUCAGCUCCUCCUUUGACUCGCUAUACAGAGACAGUUAUUCCUAUAAUCAAGAGGAAGGUGGUGGAAAACACUCCCACUGACAAUGGCAUGAACGACAAGUUGACUGCAUCAACGAUAUCAAAGCUGUGUAUAAGAUUAAAUACUCUUCAGUACAUCAAGAAAAACAGUGGCAUACUAGAAGAUUCCCUCAGAAAAUCUUGGGCUCUAGUCAGAUCAUCUAAAUAUCAAAGAUCAGCGGUGGAUGAACCUUUGCAAAAUACAGUUACUGACUGCUUAACAUAUGAUGAAGCAGUUGAUGAACUCUUUAGUACCACAUUCAACAGCAUCAGGGAUACUUCAACAAAUGCAAUAGGCACAAUUUGCGACUUAAUUGGAUUGAGAAUGGUGUUUUGGGAUCUAAGAGACAAAGUGCUUUCAUGUUUAUACUGUGGUAAUGUUGAAAGUGCUCGACUGGACAAGUUUCUCUUCCAUUUUGAUACUGUCCUUAACCGUAUAUGUGGCUUACUUGAUGAAUCUCUUAGAGACCUUGUGGCUUUAAGUGUCUAUCGAGCAUCCAUGGAUGCUUUUGUCUGGGUGUUGCUUGAUGGCGGCCCAUCUCGUGCAUUUUCUGAGGCAGAUGUUUCUUUGUUGGAGGAUGAUUUUACUAUGUUGAAGGAAUUUUUUAUUGCUGAUGGAGAGGGACUUCCCCGUUCUCUGGUGGAGAAAGAAGCUGAAUUUGCCGCACAGAUACUACAAUUAUUCUCCCUUAAGACUGACACUGUCAUCCAAAUGCUGCUAAAUUCAAGUCAGCGGAUCUCAUCAGGAUUACAUGCACAUAGACAUGGCCGCAUCCCUGAUGAUGCAUACAUUUUGAUACGAGUCUUGUGUCAUAAAAAGGACAGGGAGGCCUCCAAGUUCUUGAAACGGCAGUACCAGCUUCCUAUGUCUUCAGAAUAUGAUGACACUCCAUCCAAAGAUUCUGCUGUGGGAUCAACAUUUAUGUCGGAUAUCCUCGAGCGAAGCAGCUCUUUCCAUUGGACCGAGAAGGGCCAAAAAAGUUUAAGUUCAUUCAAGAAGAAAAUUCAAGAAGCAACAUCAGAACUUAGGCAUGGUGCGUGGUGACAUUUGCUCGCAGUCGACAUCUCAGUUUGGCUGGCACAUUGGUUUGGAGUCUGAAAGAACCCUUUGAGAUGGAUUUGUGAGGCGCUUAGUCAAUUUCUUCGAUGGAUUUCCUGGGAAGCGAUAGUGAGAGGUGGAGCAUCUCCGUCCACUGGACUGAGAAUGGCCAAAGAAGCUUAAAUUCAUUUAAGAAGAAAAUCAAAUAAGCAACAUGCAAACUUAAAACAUGUCGUAUGGGGACAUUGCUGUUAGCUAUCGUUGUUGGCUGGUUCGUUUGUGUGGAUUUCGACAGAACCUCUUUUGAGUCGUGUUAUGAGGCGCGGAAUCCGUUGCUUAGUUGCGGUUACCGGUGAGCUAUACAUUAAUCUUGUUUAUAUCAGGUUCAUGAGCGAUUACCCUUUAGGUAGAGUUAUUCUUUGCAUGAUGUUGCAUGAAAUUGUUCAUAAGUGCAGUUUGUGCACAAAGAUAAAAUUUUCAGUUCAUCUAUGCCAGUUUUGAGUAGAAUUUGUAGUUCAGUUUUGUUUGCCAUAAUUCAUCUGACUUGUUCUUAUGCAUUUAAUAGAGUUAGCCGCUUACCCUGGUAUAUACACAUGGGAAUCUUGGAUAUGUCCAACGUUAUGACCUUCAGACCGGAACAAGUUUCCUUGUCCAUCA